AUGGCAAGCAAACUCACUCCCUUCCUCUUCCGGACAGCUGUCCGAUCAGCCUGCCGUGCUUCUCGGCCUCAGAUCCGCGCUCUGUCCGUCUCAGCGCGGAGGCCGAGCGACACCCUAGCAGUUCACCGAAACACCCCCGACAACAACCCCGACCUACCCUUCAAGUUCACUCCCCAAAAUGAGCAGAUUAUCGCCGAGAUUCUCAAGAGGUACCCCCCGCAAUAUAAGAAGGCCGCUGUGAUGCCGCUGCUGGAUCUUGGUCAGCGCCAGCAUGGUUUCACUAGCAUCAGUGUGAUGAACGAAGUGGCGCGCCUCCUGGAGAUGCCGCCCAUGCGCGUGUACGAAGUCGCCUCAUUCUACACCAUGUAUAACAGGACGCCGGUUGGCAAGUUCUUCGUCCAAGCAUGCACGACGACACCGUGCCAACUUGGCGGCUGCGGCUCAGACGCCAUCGUCAAGGCUAUUGAGGAGCAUCUAGGCAUUCAUGCUGGCCAGACGACAGCGGACGGCUUGUUCACAUUCAUCGAGGUGGAGUGCCUGGGUGCCUGCGUUAACGCGCCCAUGAUCCAGAUCAACGACGACUACUACGAGGACCUCACACCAGAGACGAUCAAGUCUCUGUUGACCGCACUGAAGGAGAGCGCCGGGGAUGUCGCCAAGGCACCCAAGCCCGGCCCGCUCAGCGGCCGUGAGUCGUGCGAGAACAGCAACGGCAUUACCAAUCUGACGAGCGAACCAUGGGGCACGGAGACGACAAGGCAAGACCUAUAG